AUGGGAUUUUUCAACUUCGACACGGGGAGCGUCCUCUCCGCCCGCUCCUCCCACUCGCGCCGCGUCUCCAAGAAGCACCACAGCAGCAGCAGCAACAAGCACCGCUCCCGCUCUCGCUCCUCGUCGCGCUCCCGCAAGCGCCACCACGGCAGCAACAGCAGCCCCGGCAUCGCCGCCUCCAUCUUCGGCGCCGGCACCGCCGACAGCCACAAGCACAACUCGUCGCGCUCCUCCUUCUUCGGCAUCCCCAAUGCCUCGCGCUCUUCCUUCUUCGGCCUCGGAGGCCGUCCCUCGUACUACAAGCGCUCUCCCCGCAGCGGCUUCGUCCAGAAGACGCUCAAGCAGGUCAAGCGCCUCUGGCGCGACCUCGUCUACUACGCCAAGAAGCACCCCUACAAGGUCUUCGCCCUCGUCAUCAUGCCCCUCAUCACCGGCGGCUUCCUUACCGCUCUGCUCGCCCGCUUCGGCCUGCGCCUGCCCCCCGGCAUCGAGCGCAUGAUCGGCAUCGGCGCCAAGGCCGCCUCGGGCGACUCCCUCGGCCUCGUCGGCGAGGCCGUCCGCAUGGCCAGCGGCGGCGGCGGGCUCAGCGGCGGGUUCCGUGGCGCCGGCGGCGGCGCCGGCAGCAGUCGCGCCCAUGUCGAGCGCGGCUACGACGGGGACUACGCGUGGGAGAGGAGGAGCGUAGAGCGCGAUAGCGGCGGCGGCGGCGGCGGCUGGACUGACGGCCUCAUGAACGGCGUCGCCAAGAUGUUCAUCUGA